AUGUUCCAGGUUGUUCUGGGUGCUCCUCGGCGGUUGCUGAAGGAAGGGAGAGAAUCCCGGAAGCUGGUGCUGGUGGUAGUGUUUGUGGCUCUGCUCCUGGACAACAUGCUGCUCACUGUAGUGGUGCCCAUUGUGCCCACCUUCUUGUAUGCAACAGAGUUCAGAGACGUCAACUCUUCUUUGCAUAGGAGUCCUCCUGUAAGCUCCCAGCAAGCUCUCACCUCUCCUACCUUCUCCACCAUAUUCUCCCUCUUUGACAACACCACCGUGACUGUAGAAGAGCGCAUACCCUUCCGUGUAGCAUGGACAAAUGGCACCAUCCCUCCUCCGGUCACUGAAGCUGGCUCACUACCCAAAAACAACUGCUUGCAAGGGAUAGAAUUCUUGGAAGAAGAAAACGUCCGGGUUGGGGUUCUAUUUGCUUCAAAGGCUUUGAUGCAACUUCUGGUCAACCCAUUUGUGGGACCUCUUACCAACAGGAUUGGCUAUCACAUCCCCAUGUUUGCUGGCUUUAUGAUCAUGUUUCUCUCCACACUAAUGUUUGCUUUCUCUGGCACCUAUGCCCUGCUGUUUGUGGCCCGGACCCUUCAAGGCAUCGGAUCUUCAUUUUCGUCUGUUGCAGGGCUUGGGAUGCUGGCCAGUGUCUACACCGACAACUAUGAACGAGGGAGAGCCAUGGGAAUUGCUUUGGGGGGCCUGGCUUUGGGGCUUCUGGUGGGAGCCCCUUUUGGAAGUGUGAUGUAUGAAUUUGUGGGCAAGUCCUCGCCGUUCCUCAUCUUGGCCUUUCUGGCACUUCUGGAUGGAGCUCUCCAACUCUGCAUCCUAUGGCCUUCCAAGGUGUCGUCUGAGAGUGUCAUGGGGACUCCACUUCUGACACUUCUCAAAGACCCUUACAUCCUGGUGGCAGCAGGUUCCAUCUGCCUGGCCAACAUGGGAGUCGCAAUGCUCGAGCCCACACUCCCCAUCUGGAUGCUGCAGACCAUGUGUUCCCCUGAGUGGCAGCUAGGUCUGGCCUUCUUGCCUGCCAGCGUGGCCUACCUCAUUGGCACGAACCUUUUCGGUGUGUUGGCCAACAAGAUGGGUCGGUGGCUGUGCUCCCUUGUGGGAAUGGUGGCAGUAGGUAUCAGCUUGCUCUGCGUGCCUCUGGCUCACAACAUUUAUGGUCUCAUUGGCCCUAAUGCAGGCCUUGGCUUUGCCAUAGGCAUGGUGGAUUCCUCUUUGAUGCCCAUCAUGGGAUACCUGGUGGACCUACGUCACACCUCUGUGUAUGGGAGUGUCUACGCCAUCGCCGAUGUGGCUUUCUGCAUGGGCUUUGCUAUUGGUCCAUCUACCGGGGGUGCCAUUGUACAGGUCAUCGGCUUCCCUUGGCUCAUGGUCAUCAUUGGUGUCAUCAAUAUCAUCUAUGCCCCUCUCUGCUGCUUCCUGCAGAACCCCCCAGCUAAGGAGGAGAAGCUAGCUAUUCUCAGCCAGGAAUGUCCCAUGGAGAACCAGCUGUAUGCAACCCAGAAGCCCACAAAUGAGUUUCCCUUGGGGGAGAACAGCGAUUAUUCUGGCAGUGAGGAGUAGCUGAUACCUGAAUCCCAUCCAGAUGACUCCGUAAGGCUUGGAUUCCAGUGACCACCUGUUCGCCAGGGACCAGACCACUGUGGAGCAUUCAACGGGUUUUCUUUUUCCUUUCAUCUGGUUGUCUCCCUUUCUCCCUUCUCAUUGAUGGCUUGCCCGUACUCACCUGUGCCACCUACCACUCUCCCUCUGUGCUUUGAUAGCCUAGGUGGCCCACUUUUUGUGGGAGGACAGUGCUGCUUCCUGCCAGACCAAAGUGAGGCUGAUUAAAGUUGAGUUGUGACAAGUUCUGCAAGGGCUGACUCACUUCCUGCAGGCAAUGAUGA